UUCGUUUACUACGAGGUGUCAUGCAUCGGUCUGUCUCUGUCGAAAUUUGGAAUUUUAUUGUAUACGAAAAUAUCACCUACGUCACGUCAUCUGUCUGAGUGUCAUGUGUUAGCAAGUUCUGGUAUUAUUAUGAAUUUUCGUGGAUUUAACAGCAUUUUUGAGUAGUGUUUAUUUUUUUGAAACAGUAGGUCGAGAACAUGGCGCCCGAACGAGCCGUAACGCCGCAAGAAGAGAGCCGAUUGUCGCCCAAGAUGUCAGUGCCGGCCAGCCCGAUCGCGGGCACCCCGAUCCGCGACGCCCAAUCGCCCAUCUCGAUGCUACUAGCCGUCGCCCAAAGCCGAUCCGACGACGAUCUCACCAACCUGAAUUGGCUGCACGAACGCGACAUUCUAAAAGGCAUGAUCAUCAACCCGUCUCCGAGCGACAGCGCCAACGCCUCGCCGAACAAACACCACCAAACUAGGGAGAACAUCGCCGAGCGAUCCACCCCGAACAGCACCGACGAAUCCGUGGAAUCAUCGGACGGUUACGGCUACAGCAACCCCAAUCAAGCGACGGCGCCGCCGCGCAACAAACACCCCCUGAACGUGCCCUACGAUCCGCGGAUACACACCUCGAACAAGCCGCCCUACUCGUUCUCCUGUCUGAUAUUCAUGGCGAUCGAGGACUCGGUGCAGAAGGCGCUGCCGGUGAAGGAGAUCUACGCCUGGAUCCUCGACCAUUUCCCGUACUUCAAGAACGCCCCCACCGGCUGGAAGAACUCCGUCAGGCACAAUUUGUCGUUGAACAAGUGCUUCCAGAAGGUGGAAAAGGCCGCGGUGAGUAAUUUGGGUAAAGGUUCGCUGUGGACGGUCGAUCCCCAAUACAAACCGAACCUCAUACAAGCGCUCAAUCGAUCCCCCUUUCAUCCCGUAUCCACCUUAGACGCCUCGUACAAAACGGAACGAUCGCCCGACAAGCCGUCGCUCUACCGCCUGCCCAAUCCCGAGCUGUUCCCGUAUUUGGCGCGCAAGCUGGCCUCCGCCGAACUGUCCAACGGCCAGGCGACGGUCAAGCUCGAAGCGCCCCUCCAGGCGGGCGUCAAGACGGAGGACAGCCUCGACGCCGUCGACGCCGCCGCCGUCAUGCUCAGCCUCAAGCACGGCCAGCCGAACAACGGCGACGGCAACGUCGCCGAUUUCCUGCAGGUCAUCACCAACUCGCCCAGCCAGGAUCACACCUACAGCGCCGCCGACGGCGAAAGCGAACACCACGAUGACAGGAUACCGAAGGCGCGCACGUGUCGCCGGAUCGACUUCGAAGACGACGAAGACCGGCGGAUCAAAGAGGGCGCCGAGACGCUGCUCAACCUGGCCGGCAUAACGUUGCGCAAGCGCAGAGAGUCGGUCGACGGGGCGGAGGCGGCUGAGGGGGCGAAGCGGCAGCGGCACCACCACCGGCAGCACGGCGACGAGAACGAGCCGCGCGAGGCGCACGCGCACCACUUCAAGCCGCGGUUGUUGAGGAAAAACAAGAAGGCGUCGAGCGCGGGGGGCGGCGCGAGGCGUCGCGACGACUGGGCGAACAACAACAGGAGGGAUAGGGAGAUCGACCAGAACAGGUAAUCGAUGAUGUUCGGGUUGUUUUUUUUUAUUCGAGUAGCGAAACAAUGAAUCAAUAUUACCAAUUUUAAGAGAUGAAUUAAUUAAAAAAAAAGAAGUUUCUAUAUUCUAUUUGUUGGAAGUAUGUGUAAUAUAUUUUAUGUUUUUGUUCGAUGCCUAUUUGGGGGAGAUAUUGUAUAUAAUGUUUAAGGAUUGUUUUUAAGCUUUAAAGAAAUUUUUUUAAUGAAAUUUAUCUUAGCUUUUUCGUAAUGUGAAACUUGCAGUUUUAGUUGGCGAUUGAAAGGAACCAGCGAAACAUAUCACUCGAUGUAAAUAUUUUAAAUAUUUUUUCUUUUGGAAUAAUUUACUAUUGUCAGGAUCGUUGUAUAUUUUUUUUUAUUAGCUCGAAAGAGAUUUGCGUUGCAUUUAGUCUAGUCAAAUUUUAUUUAUUUCGUUACUCGCUAGUCGAAGAAAUCGUCGCUUUUAUUUAUUCUAAAACGUCUUAUUUUUAUUUUUUUCGAAUCGAUACUGAAAAUUACCGCACUAUUUGUUAAUGAUAUUACUACAUUUGUUUUUUAAUCUAAAGGAUUAAUUCGCUCAAUUAUUCGUAAGCGAAUUUAUUUAAAUUUCUUUUCACGACUAACUAGAACUGUUUCGUUACGUUUCGUUUGCACAGAAUGAGAAAUCAUCGUACUUGUUUUGAUAAAAAAAAUUAUUUUUAAACUUGCCCAUUUUUUUAACGCGUUUCUACAGUUUUAUAUUUUAAUGGAGGAAUUUACAUACUUACAAUUAGUCGAAUAAUCAAUAACAAAAUUAUCUAUUUGUAUUUAUUUGCUCGAUCAUUCUGUGCAAACUACUUUGUUAACAUUUAUUAUUGAUAAUUAUUUAAAGAGGUUUUAUGAAAAUUGUGAUCUUCUCAAUUUUUACGUAGGAACCUUCUAAACUAUAUGCCAAAACAUAGGAAUAAGUUACUUAUUUAACUAAGUAGCCGAGUUAUUUUGUUUUUUCUUUGUAUACAAGUUUGGUUUUUUUAUUAUACGCUAUAUUACUGUUCAUUUGAACUAUUUUAUUGUAAGUUUUUUCUUAAACAAGAAAUUUCGCAUUUAGUAGUCAAAUUGCUGAUUUGUCCAUAAUCCUGAUGAUUGCUUUGAUUGUCCAUAAUCCUAAAUGAUUAUGGAUCGUUCUAGAUGGUUCUAAUUGAUUCUGGAACGUUCUAAAUGGUUCUGGACAGUUCUAGAAUGAAUAGAACUUUUCACCUUGCCUCGUGAAGUGAUUCAGAAAUGCAUAGGUUUUUUUAAUGGAUAUCGAUUUAUGAUUAAUUUGUUGUAAUGUUUGUAUAGUUUUCUUGCUUAAGAAAAUCCGAUUGGAUCGUUUUUUGCUCACUCUAGUUGUACUUUUUUUCGAAGAAAGCAGUACCGAUUGAUGUUUCUGUUUAGCGUGAAAUUCGCCAUUUGAAUUUGUUUUAAUCUUAAACUGGUGUUAUAUAAGAAGUACCAAGUCGCCCGCGAAUUGGUACCUUUAUUUUUAUAUGGAACUAGGCUGUAACUAUUAAUACGAAAAUACAAAACAUUUCGAGGCGUUUGAAACAAACAGAAAAUCUUAUCAUUAAUUUCCGAUGGAUGUUUUGUAUUUUUUAUUUCGAUUUGUCGGUGAUAGAGGAACUGUAGUAUAGAGAAUGGUGCUUUAAAAGAACCAUUGAAAAAAAAACAUUUUAUUUUUGAAAUUCUUAUGUACAAUUUAAAGAAAAAGACUAAUUUUCUACGAGAGACGGAACGCGAUCGAGGCGAUUAUUUAAAAAAAACGCAGUAAUGACAAUCAAAAUUUGUAUUUUUCGAAAAAAAAAAAAAUUAUCAUGCCAAAAAUGUGAAAAAAAAUUGCCCGUACUAAUAAUCGUAUUCCAAAUAAACGGGGUACCAAAACUAGCUUGUUAUCCACUAAAAAUUAUAUAUAUUUUUAGAUAAAAAAAAGACGUACUCAAAUUUUGUUACGUUCGCAUUUAAAGCGCAUAAACUUGCAGUAGAAUAGAAAAAAAUUGGUUUUAAAAAGAACAAAAAAAAAACUACAAUAAAAUCGCACCGAUCGCGUUCCAUCUCUAAUCGACGUUUCGCGCGCCUGACGAUGAAAUCCGGGCGAACGCGAAACGUCUUCGGAGAGGUUUCUGUAAAAUGUUUCGAUCCUAUAGCAAUACCAGUUUUGCCUGAUGACGGGAAAAAAUACUCCGCGCUUGUUUAGCUUCUCGCGAAAGACACGAAAACGGACCCUUUACCAAUCAACUCUCUUGUGCCAAAACGAUUUGUUGUUGGGUUUAGAGCUCGAGCGACAUUUGCUCGCGUUAUUUAACUUUUAUUUCGGCGUCUGUCUUCCAAUUUUUAUAAACUUUUUGAUGUUUAUCGAAAAUCGACUCCGCAGGAUGAAGUAGUUUGAAUUAUUUCAUCCUGCGAAGGUGUACACGUUUGCGUUAUAGAAACUAAAAACGUCGCUAUUUGUUUUAUUAUUUUUGCCUUUGUUUUGUUUUUGAUUGAUACAGCAAUAAAAAAUAUUUAUUAGUUUUUUCUUGUUAAUAAAAUAUAUUUAGUGAAAUAUACUGAGAGAUAUCUUAAUUCGUUGGUUUUUUUUACUCUUUACUCUUAUUAAAAUUACAUACACAAUAUUUUAUCUUAAUUAAAAGCGUCUUACGUUUUUCCCACGGUCGUAUAUUUCUAACAAUAAGGUCUGGAAACUGCCUUUUUGAGCUUCACAAACGACAGUUCGAGCUGUCAAAAACUUCAAAAAUUAUUUGACAUUUCGAGGAGAAAAUGGUGAAAUACAUUAACCAAAGAUACGUGAGGCAAGAUAUUAACAACAAAAUCAUUUUUAGUUCAAAUAAAACCUUUCUUAAUACUAAUUCUACACCUUGCUCCAUUUCUAUGAGUGGAACAAAGAAAGGUUGUUAAAAUGACAGUUUGUCGGAGUGAAAAGUUGUAAUGACACAAUGUCACUCUUUCUUUUUCCUUUGUAAGUGUCUAAUGAACGUUGUCUUUAUCGCACCCAUGGCCUAUACAGGGUGUUCUCGAACUUAAGGUAUUACAUUCUAGGGUUGGUAGUUUGCAUAAUUUGAGACUGAUUCGCAAAUUUCGUUAAAAUAGAGCCAUUAGAAAUAAAUGCAAAGAGGAAUCGAAAGGAAUAUUAGCUCACCUAUUUUGUUGUUGAAAGCUGCUUAAUUAUUCCAGAACAUCACUAUAACGAACAAGAACUAACUAAUCUAGGAGCACUUAGAUCACUAAAGUCUAAUCACAAAAAUAUAUUUAACCCCGAUGUUAUAAUCAAAACAAUACAAUUCUCACUGAAAACGAUCGGUAUCGAUAACGUUUUUUUUUAAGCUAGAGGGCGGAGGGGGAAAUUUGUACUUGCUGAUAAAAUACACCGAAUCUGUUUUUUUGAGUUCAAAUUCCGAUCAGCUGACUAUUUCGGCCAGGGUUGUAUUCGCUCUUUGCAUUUAUUUCUAAUGCCUCUAUUUUGUUUAUUAUAUUUUUUUUAAAAUAACGAAAUCUGCGAAUCGGUCUCAAAUUAUGCAAACUACCACCCCUAGAAUUUAGUGCCAUAAGUUCGAGAACACCAUGUAUAACCUAUAUUGCAAUCAAAAAUGUAGGCCAUGGGUGCGAUAAAGACAACUUCCAUUAGACACUUAUAAAGGAAAAGGAAAGAGUCACAUUUGUGUCAUUGCAACUUUUCACUCUGACAACUGUCAUUUUAAUAAUCUUUCUUUGUUCCACUCCAAUCCUUUACAACAUCGCCUCCUAGCGGCCCUUUUAGGAACACCGUUUCUUCUUCAAAUAACGGGACAAUAUUUCGACCUCUGUUUCCAGACCUCAGAAAUACACGACCGUCGUUUUACCUUAUAAAAAAAAAGCACUCGCGCACCGUUCGAAACAACCCUUAUCACAAACUAUCUGAUGUGAUCGGAGAAAGUCCUUUGGGUCUCCGUGCGAUGGACGGCGCCGCGAUGGCCCUCGACGUGCCUCGCCCGCCUCAGGCGGCCCUUCUGCGUGGGGAACACCAGCCCGGGCCCCUCCUGGUUGAACACCGGCACCAGCCACAGCAACUUGUUGCGCCCCAGCACGUGACAGACGUUCUCCACCAAACCCAGAUCGUAGGUGGUGUAGCGGUUGCUGAAGUUCGGCGGAUCGAGGUCCUCCACCAGCGUCUUGUUCUUGGCUAUCAGCGAGAAGUGCAGGAAGAUGAAGAUGAACAGUAUCGGCGCGAUGCAGCAGGACGUGAAGAACCUUUCGUUCGAACGCCACCGAUUAUUCUCUGAGUAAAGUAUUUUAGCGGUACGUACCCGGCGACCACCCAGAUGUACUGGUGCGGAUUGGACAGCGUCGACUCGAAGAAGUCGAUGAUCACGCGGAAGGUGGUGCAAACGUAAAACAGCGAUAAUAAAAAGCAGUAGAACAACGCCAACAGGAAACCUUUCUGGUUCGUCAGGCAGAUGCAGGUGUUCAACCACUGGCAAUGAUGGUCCAUUUUCAAUAUGCACGUCUCGCAUUGCGAGCAGUGGUGCGCCCUGUCCGGCUUGAAAUGGAAACAUUGCCUGCAAAACCUACAACACAAUCAUCCACGGACUCAUCCUCUACCCGUUUGCACCCACCUGAGGUUGCCGCUCCUCGUCCUGCAGUACAUCCUGAUGCCCUUGUUCUGGUAGAAGGCGGUCAGCACCACCUGCUUCUUGUCGUCGGGGCUGCGCAGCAGCGUCCUGAUCUGGAACGUGGUCAGCCGGUAUUUGAGCGGCACUUUGGCGGUGGGCUGCAUCCAAGUGGCCAGCAACGACCACGUCAUCAUGUAGAAGAAGAACUGGAAGACGAUCGGGUAGACGAUGAAUUCGGUCAAAUUGAGGUUGUCGCUCAGCAAGACGACGAAGCCGAUGAUGUAACUGUGGUACAUGAUCACGUAAAUCAGUAUAAUUAGUAUAGGGAAUAUGUUUUUUGUAUUCAUUCCGUCACGUUGACAAAUGUGAGGUGCGAUUAAUCAAAAGACGCGCUUACGUUGGACUGUAUAGGUAGAAGAAUGUUGCUUUAUUAGCAUAAAAAGAAGAAUGUAUCUGGAAUUAUCUCUUGCUACAAUUUAUCUACCGGAUUAAGGUUUAAAACCAGUUGCCUGGAUGAUGAUUAUUCCUCCAGAACCUUCAGUACGAAUUGGUUAAAAAAUAAAACGCCUACAUUUAUUAUAGUUAUAGUGAUAAAUAAGUUUAAUCGUUAAAUAUAAGAUAUAAUUUAAUAUAACAAAUCUCUCAAACUAUCAAAAAAGUGUAUAAGUCAACAUGUAGAACCAUGUAGUUAGGAAAAAAUCGAAAUGUACAAAUACAACGCUCGAAGGCGCGGCCGAGUCUCCAACAAACUUCCUCCAUUCCACCUCAAUCUUACAACAACUAAUGGAAAAAAUCGUUACGAAAAAAAAACCCCCAACCGCCCUGUUGGUGUUGGUGUGUGUCUAAUUCAGUCUUAUUGUGUUUCGUCCAAGUCCGAUGGCGGAUCCAGCGAAGUGUGUACAGUCACGCUGACUCCCCUGUUGAUGCUGACGGCCGGAUAGAAGACCCCGUACAGGUCCCUGAACGCCACGUUCCCCUGCGGCUCCUCGUUCACGUAGAACGCCAGCGUGUGGUGCUCCAGGUCGAGCAGCACGCCCACCGUCGAGCCGAUGCCGAUGCCGCCCUCGAUGCGCUGCUCGUGGGCCCCGCCGUGCUGGAACCACGAUCGCUGGUUGUCGAUGUACAUCGCCCAGCCCUUGUCGUCUUUGCCUGCGUGCAGAAUUCGAUUAGCUCGGAGUGGGAUCGAUUUUACAGUCACCUUACCGAGCAUCUUGUCUCUGGCGACGUCGAUGCGGGCGACGCCGAACGAGGGAUCGGUGUCGGUGUCGUACUUCUCGACGGUGAACUCCCAGUAGUGGAGGCCCCGGCUGAAGCCCAGGCUGCCCAGGGCGACGCGGUGCUCCCAGCCCUCGCCCGUCACGCGGGUGUUGUUCUCGGUGUACUGCAGCCCGGGGCCGGAGAGGACGGGAUCGAAGGUGAACCAAGCUACUGUAAAGCGAAGCGAGUGCGUUAAAGACGAGAUUAGAGGCGGUGAAUCGGGGAGUUGUACCGUCGGCUGUUUGGAGGCCUAUUAGUUCGCUGUAUUCCCCUUCGCCUGAGCUGUUGAAGGCCUUCACUCGGGCGUUGUAUAGGCUGCGGAAGUGCAAACCGUCCACGGUGCAAAUGGUCUCGUUGCCGCAGUAGACCUCCUGUAUAACCGGAAAAUGGAUUAAGAAAAUCGUCGUGCACGUGGCGAAAAUUGGCAGCGAGCGGUUCAAAGACAUUCCCAAUAUAAGAAUAACCUUGCGCGGUAUUUUUAGAAAAUAUUUUUAGUUUAUCGUCGAUUCCAGCUCGACUUAUUGUGAAACGGGGACAAUUCGAUCCGACUAUUUAUAGUGUUUCGUGCGAGUUUUUCGAACUUUUCGUGUUGUUUUUUUUUUAUUUGCUUACCCUGAAAUCCCCGCCGUUCCCAUCGUCCAAUUCCAGCACAUAUCCUUCGACAUGACUGAUACUUGGUGGUUGCCAAGCUACUGUAACAGAAUUAUUUUCAGCAUUACAUUCUUCCGGGAUUAUGAUAGGAGCCACUGGAGCUGAAAACAUGCAUAUUUAACAAAUCAAUCAUUCUAUCGAUAAAUAGUAAACAUAAUCGACUAAAGUAGCUAUGAGAUAUAAAAUCAUGCGUAAAAUAAGCAUUCAUAAAUACGAUAUUAUUAACGCUUACGUUUAGUUUGUAUGAAAUUUAGUUGUUUUAUGGCAGAAUUUACGGGUGCAUCGUCUAAUGUGAGCUCGAAUUGGGGCGAAACCUGAGGAAUCGACCAUUCCUUUUGCCACGCUUGAUCCGUAUCCACCACCCUGUUUAUCAGCAUUGUUCCUAUCUAAAAAAAUCCACCUGUUUAAGUACAUUUUUCUAUUCAAAAAAACCACAGUCCUAUAUUUCUAAGGUCUGAAAACAUGGGUCGAAAAAGUGUCAAGUUAUAAAACGGGGUUCCUAAAACGGCCGCUAGGAGGCGAUGUUGUUGAUUAGCUAAAGAAAGGUUUUAUUCAAACUAAAAAAUAGAUACAAAAUAUACCUAAUUAAGCGAGGAUUUUGUUGUUAAUAUCAUGCCUCACGUAUCUUCGAUUAAUGCAUUUCUCCAUUUUCUCAUCGAAAUGUCAAAUAAUAAUUUUUGAAGUUUUGACAGCUUGAACUGUCGUUUCACACAACCGCGAUUUAAAUGUAACGCGACGCUGAUUGGCUGAGAUAAGUUGGUUCUCCGAUCGUUCGACACGGUGCGGCUCAAAAUGAAGCUCAAAAAGUCCUCAAAUAACGGGAAAUACAUUCUCUAACGCAUAAACAUAGGAAGUUUCCAGACCUUAGAAAUAUAGGGCCGUGGUAUCGAUGAUACAAAAACCGACAAAAAUGACAUUUCGUAUGACAGAAAUUUAAUAGAGGCGGGAACGAUUUU